ACAACUCAGCGUCUGGGGUUUACUCAGGCAGUACAUUGGGCAGCUAAUCUGCUAGGGAGGGUUCGGCAAGCGAAGUCCUCCUCUUGGCGUCUGCGGCCAGACGGGCUCUCCACUUUUGUCCUCUUCUGUUCAAGAUGGUGGCCUCACGAGCAAUUGGCAGCCUCAGCCGCUUCGGUGCCUUGAGGACCCUCCGCUGUCGAGGUUAUAUUUGCCGCAGCUUCACAGGGUCUUCUGCUUUGCUGACCAGAACCCAUUUUAACUAUGGAAUCAAAGGGGAUGUGGCAGUUGUUCGGUUUAACUCACCCAAUUCAAAGGUAAAUACACUGAACAGAGAAGUACAAUCAGAGUUCAUUGAAGUAAUGAAUGAGAUCUGGGCUAAUGAUCAGAUCCGAAGUGCCGUCCUUAUCUCGUCAAAGCCCGGCUGCUUUAUUGCAGGUGCUGAUAUCAACAUGUUAGCAGCCUGCAAAACCCCUCAAGAAGCAACCAGAAUAUCCCAGGAAGGACAGACUGUGUUUGAAAAGCUUGAAAAGUCCACAAAGCCUGUUGUGGCUGCCAUCAAUGGAUCCUGCUUGGGAGGAGGACUUGAGCUCGCCAUUUCAUGCCAAUACAGAAUAGCAACGAAGGACAGAAAAACGGUAUUAGGCGCCCCUGAAGUCUUACUGGGGCUCUUACCGGGAGCAGGAGGCACCCAAAGGCUGCCCAAAAUGGUGGGCAUCCCUGCUGCUUUUGACAUGAUGCUGACCGGUAGAAACAUUCGUGCAGACAGAGCAAAGAAAAUGGGGCUGGUUGACCAGCUGGUGGAACCCCUGGGACCAGGAAUAAAACCUCCGGAGGAACGGACAAUUGAAUACCUGGAGGAAGUUGCAGUUACGUUUGCCAAAGGCCUAGCUGAUAAGAAGAUCACGCCAAAGAGGGACAAGGGAUUGGUGGAAAAACUGACGUCCUACGCCAUGAGUAUUCCAUUUGUCAGGCAGCAGGUUUACAAAAAAGUGGAAGAAAAAGUGCGCAAGCAGACCAAAGGCCUUUAUCCUGCACCUCUGAAAAUAAUCGAUGCAGUAAAGACUGGACUGGAACAAGGGAGUGAUGCUGGGUACCUCGCUGAGUCCCAGAAAUUCGGAGAGCUUGCAGUGACCAAGGAAUCAAAGGCCUUGGUGGGACUGUAUCAUGGCCAAGUCCUAUGCAAGAAAAAUAAAUUCGGAGCUCCGCAGAAGGAAGUCAAACAGCUGGCCAUUCUGGGCGCAGGGCUGAUGGGAGCCGGCAUCGCGCAGGUCUCCGUGGAUAAGGGAGUGAAGACCCUGCUUAAAGAUGCGACGGUAGCCGGGCUGGGCCGCGGACAACAGCAGGUGUUCAAAGGGUUGAAUGACAAAGUGAAGAAGAAAGCUCUAACGUCAUUUGAAAGGGACUCCAUCUUCAGCAACCUGAUUGGGCAGCUGGACUACCAGGGUUUUGAAAAGGCUGACAUGGUGAUUGAAGCUGUGUUCGAGGACCUCAAUAUUAAGCACAAAGUGCUCAAGGAAGUAGAAGCGGUGAUCCCAGAUCACUGCAUCUUUGCCAGUAACACUUCCGCUCUGCCAAUCAAGGAAAUCGCUGCUGUCAGCAAAAGACCUGAGAAGGUGAUCGGCAUGCACUACUUCUCCCCAGUGGACAAGAUGCAGCUGCUGGAGAUCAUCACCACCGAGAAAACAAGCCAGGACACCACCGCUUCCGCCAUAGCACUUGGUCUCAAGCAGGGCAAGGUCAUCAUUGUAGUUAAGGAUGGGCCUGGCUUCUACACCACGAGGUGUCUUGCACCCAUGAUGUCUGAAAUCAUACGGAUCCUGCAGGAAGGAGUUGACCCUAAGAAGCUGGAUUCCCUGACCACAGGCUUCGGCUUCCCUGUGGGCGCCGCCACCCUGGCCGAUGAAGUUGGGGUGGAUGUAGCCCAGCAUGUGGCAGAAGAUCUAGGCAAAGCCUUUGGGGAGCGGUUCGGAGGUGGAAACGUGGAACUGCUGAAACAGAUGGUGGCCAAGGGCUUCCUGGGUCGCAAGUCUGGAAAGGGCUUUUACAUCUACCAGGAGGGCUCAAAGAAUAAGAAUUUGAACUCUGACAUGGAUAGUAUUUUUGCAAGCCUGAAGCUGCCUGCUAAGCCUGAGGUCUCCUCUGAUGAAGACAUUCAGUACCGCGUGGUGACAAGAUUUGUGAAUGAGGCAGUUAUGUGCCUGCAGGAAGGCAUCCUGGCCACACCCACGGAGGGAGACAUUGGAGCGGUGUUUGGGCUCGGCUUCCCGCCGUGCCUCGGAGGCCCUUUCCGCUUCGUGGAUUUGUACGGUGCCCAGAAGAUAGUGGACCGGCUCCGGAAGUACGAGGCAGUCUAUGGGAAUCAGUUCACCCCAUGCCAGCUGCUCCUUGACCAUGCUAACAGCCCCAGCAAGAAGUUCUACUAGUGACCAGACCACAUCCCACCCCAGUGCUGUGAUUCUCCUGUGCCGUGUAAAGUAUUGGGAAGCUGGAGGAGACCGAGUCUGGCCUCAGCUUGCUCCUUGAUCAAAGUGCCUUCAGUGCUGACCACUUCCUUCUGGCGAAGUGUGACUGAAUUAAGGUUUGCACUCCAUGUUGGAAGAUGGACCCCGUGCUGCUUUUGUUAGCCCAAGGCCCCGAGCAGCAGCUAAGAGCCAUCUGGAGCCAUCUCUGUUCCCACGGGGGCCAGCGGCAGCUAAUGGUGGUGAGGGCAUUUCUGCACCCAGCCAAAUGCAGAACAAUAAAGAACAGACUCUCA